ACCAUCAAAAUUUUAUGAUUUUCAGUAGCAAACUACCUGCAAGAUGAUUCAAAGUUUUAAGUUUUUCUUUUUUCAUAAAAUUGUAAAUAAUCUCUCUCUUUAUUUUUAACUAAGUAAGGCACAAUGCAAGGAGGAAUCAAAUCAAUCUUCUCGAACGGGAGUGUAAUAAAAAAUGCCGUUCUUCGCCAUGCUCGGGUGGGCCCAUCAGCAGCCGUGAGGACUUUAAUGUUUACACGCCAAGAAUCGACCUCUACUGCUCGUAUUGAAGAACACGGUUUCGAAAGCACCACAAUUUCUGAUGUUCUGAAAGCUAAAGGGAAAGGUGCAGAUGGGUCUUGGCUUUGGUGCACUACCGAUGACUCUGUGUAUGAUGCCGUGCAAUCGAUGACUCAGCACAACGUUGGAGCUCUGGUGGUGGUUAAACCGGGGGAGGAAAAGUCAAUUGCAGGAAUUAUCACUGAAAGAGAUUAUCUCAGAAAAAUAAUUGUCCAGGGAAGAUCAUCCAAGUCAACAAAAGUUGGGGACAUUAUGACUGAAGAGAACAAACUUAUUACUGUCAAACCGGACACUAAAGUCUUGAAAGCAAUGCAACUUAUGACUGAUAACCGUAUCAGGCAUAUUCCUGUCAUAAACGAAGGGGAUAUGAUUGGGAUGGUUUCGAUUGGUGAUGUGGUGCGUGCAGUCGUGACUGAGCAUCGUGAUGAACUGAACCGCCUAAAUGCUUUUAUCCAAGGAGGUUACUGAAAAAAAAAAUAAAAAAAAAUUUGAUGACGAUGACGAAUAAACAACACAAACGAGAUAAUCGCUCGUGUAUCUUGUAUAUAUUCUGCAUUGGUUUUUCCAUGCACAUUUUCUGGAAUUUCUUGUUAUUUUCGUGCUUCGGAUGAAACGUAACAAACUAGGAUCCGCUUUUAAUAAAUUCGCGGCCUCGAGUUACUGGUCGAGCUGCUAAGGUAGCAGGAAGCUACUUGCUUGCUGAUUGUGUCUGUUUUGUUUGAUGACUGUUGAACUUGUUUAUUAAUUCUAUUGUUUUUCUUCAUCACAUUUUCAUUUCACACCAAUUAAAUUUGUUUUGCCA